AUGGGAGACGGCACAGAUUAUCCCAGUCCAAGAAGUGAAGGACCUACCGGGCCCAGUGCUAUCCUCAUUGCUGCUCCAGAAUCGCUCUCACCACCUACGAAAAUGACCGAUCCUCUAUCAAACCUCGCAAACGUAUCAGUGGAUGGAACACGCCCUCGUCUCUCGGUGCGACGUUCGCGUGACCCCCCGAAGAACGAAAACAAUCAGAUCUUCUGCGAUCAUGUCGACUGCCAGGCUAAUCCGCCUACAUUCAGAAGACCCUGUGAAUGGAAUAAACACAUGGACAAGCAUGACCGACCGUACAAAUGCAUGGAACCAGGCUGCGACAAGAUUCAAGGUUUCACCUAUUCCGGCGGACUUCUCCGACAUCAACGAGAAGUCCACAAGAAGAAUGCCACAACAAAGAAAGCCCUCAUGUGUCCAUACGCCGACUGCAAUCGCAGUACCGGCAACGGAUUUACGCGCCAAGAGAACUUGAAGGAACAUCUUCGCCGUCGGCACAUGCAUACAGAAGGUGGAAACUCUCCCGAGUUACCCGUCCUGACUGUGGCAGAUGUUGAAGGCCUGAAGUCGAGCUUUUUGGACCCCACAGUUGGCCUGAAGCGCAAACACGACGAUACUACCGAUCCAGAGCUGAACGGUGUCGACGCCAUCGACGAAUCAAGCAGCGUUGAUCUUCACAACGAGGUGAAGCGGUUGCGCCGCGAAGUCGAAGAGAAGGACCGCCGCCUUGAGGAGCUAGAGAAGAUUGUUGCAGGGUUGCAACAGUCGAUUCCUCAUCAUGGACUACCCGUGGUUCACGUUCCCGGCGCCGAGCUAUAG